AUGGCUCGAUCCAUAAACUUCAUCCUCAGCAAGGGUUCGACGCCGCCGGCGCCGGCGUUGGAGGACAGCCUGCAGAGGGCUCUCCUCCGGGCGCAGGUCAUCGUCGACGAGGCCGCGGGACGGCACGUCACGAACCAAGCCAUGCUCCUGCAGCUGGACAUGCUGAGAGACGCCGUGCAUAAAGGCAGCUACGCGCUCGACAGCUUCAGGUACCAGCCCCACUCUGCGGAGGACGACGACGACAGAGGUCAACCUGCUCGUCGCUCCGUGCCCCUGUUCAUAGCGACCUGUGCGAAAAUUCCCCGUUGCUCCCGUGGGGGCACGCGGAUCUUGGCACAACUACGCGAGGCGCUCGAUCGUCUGAGCUCCAUGGUCGCCGAUGCAGACGUGCUGGUCCUGUUCCUGACGAGCUACCCUCGCCAGUACCGGCAGCCCUACGGCGCGCACCUCAUGCUGGAACACUGCAUGUUCGGCCGCCAUAUGGAGACUGAACAUGUCAUCAGCUUCCUGCUGCACGCGCAACAACCAUCCCAUGGUGCUGAAGAACCGGAGGUCCUGCCGAUCGUCGGUCCUGGCAGGGUCGGCAAGACCACCCUCGUCACUCACGUCUGCAAGGAUGAAAGAGUCCGCGAUCACUUCUCAGAGAUCGUGCUCCUGAACGACCUCGACUUCACGGAUGCAGAGCUGGCUGCUUUGGGGCAGAGAUGCUCCAACUCGAACAGCAGGGAUGGGAAAUUUCUGGUCGUGGUCGAGGUUGCCGGGGAUUUCAACGAGGACGCAUGGAGCAGGUUGUACUCCGCGUCGAAACGGUGGGCGCAACGUGGCAGCAAGAUCAUAGUCACGAGCCGGUCCGACAAGAUCACCAAGGUCGGAACAGCGCAGGUUGUACUCUGA